AUGGCACCACCGAAGGGCGGCUAUGCGCCCACACUAGAAAAGUUUCUAGACACUCUCAAGAGCAAACCCGUCGAGGCUUCCGUCGAGUCUCUCAUCUCGUUGUUGAAGCGAAGACAAAUACAAGGCGCAGAGUCAUGUGCCCUAGCCACUGCCCACAUCCUCCUUCAGGUCGUAGCAAGAGACAAGUGGUUGAACGUGGACCAACUGUUGGAGCGCGUCCAGUCGGUCGGACGCAGACUGGUAGCUGCCUCACCGCGCGAGCUCACAAUCGGUAACAUCAUCCGCCGAAUUCUCGGUCUCAUACGUGAUGAAGCCGAAGAAGAUCGAAACGAGGAAACUGGCAAUGCCACACCGGCAGAUUCCCCCGAUCCCCCCGUCGCAUCACCCUUGACCAUCGACAGUGCUGUUGCCAAAGUCAUCCGGCCCGCUUUCCCGACUGCUCAGAGCACCUUGACAAGAACACAGUCAAUGUUCAACAUUCUUGCCGACCCCGACUCCGUUCCUCCAGGAUGGAUGAACAGCACCCCUCUCGCAAGCUCCGGUGCCUCUACACCCUUGGGCCACAACUUCCCCACCAACACCUCUGCCCUUAGAUCCGAGGUGCUCGACGGUAUCGAGGAAAUUAUGGACGAGAUCAAGCAGGUCGAUGAUCAACUUUGCAGUUACUCCGACAUCAUUAUCCACCCCGGGGAUUACAUCCUCGUCUACAAGCCUUCCAGGACGGUUCAGAGAUUCUUGACUCGCUCCAAGAGAAAGUUCACACUCUUUGUUGUUACAGACCCUUCAGCACAGUCAGGUCCUGACCCUUACGCCUCACUACGCAAGUCCCUCGCCGCCAAUGGCUCGAUCCUGAUCAGCAUCAUGAAUGCCGGUCUGAUGGCGUAUAUGACCAAGGUCAACAAGGUCAUUCUCAGUGCGCGCGCACUUACGGGCACCGGGGGAGUGACGGCAGAUGCUGGCGCUGCUUCUGUAGCACGCGCUGCUCGAUCCCAGGGUCGCACUGUGAUUGUGCUGGGAGGCGUCUACAAGCUCAGUCCAGACAGUCAAGUAACUCAGAGCAUUGCGACCGAAUGGGGUAAUCCAUCAGCAUAUGUCGAUUUCUCGGAUGGGCAGCUCGUUGGCAAGACCACAGUUAAGAACGCUGUCUCGGAGUUCAUCCCAGCUGGGGAUAUUAACGCCUACAUUACCAACUUGGGCGCUCACUCUCGUGAGCAUCUCCAUACUGUGAUCAGCGAUCAUUACAAGGAGGCAGAUGUCGCUCUUGACCUGUACGCCAAGAUCCGGAAAUGA